GUCAUCUCUUUUCUGUUCACUCAUUUACUUUUCAGAGAAGGCAGUCAGAUGUUUUUCUCCUCAUUAAUGGGUUUGAAUCAUCUGGUGGUGACCAACUGAGAGACAAGAAACUGAUUCAUCAUUAAGCACGUGUCCUUCAGUUCAGAGUGAAACGUAACUCAACCGUAGAGCAUUGAGAAGCCGGCGUUUCUGAGACUACAAGAAGGUCCACUAUACAGUAAGUUCCAUCACAACUCAUCCAGCUUGGCCGUUCAAUAUCUAAAGGUAAGAGACAAAAUAUCUGCAAUACUAACCCCCCUGAUUCAACAUGGUUUUGUUCUAGCCCAACACUAACCCCAGCUUGGGCCGUUCAAUAUCUAAAGAAUGAGAAAAAGGACCAGGAAGAAGUCAUAAUGGUUCUAUGGUGUCUCUAUGUCAUCCUGCUCCUCCCCCUACUAACCUGCUCCAGCCAACCACAGUCCUGUCUGCAGUGUGUCAAUGACUUCAUCAGUAACAUCACGUGUGUGUUGAACAACACAUGCAUACCCCCAGACAUGCCGUGCACUCUGCAUGGUGAAUACCCCGGGUUUAAAAGGCAAUGUGAGAUGAAGUCCUUGGCCGGUUUCAACACAACCUUGAGAGGCGGCAGUCUGGUCUUUGAGGGCAAUCCAUUCUUUUGGGAAGAGGAUGAAAUAUCCAUUGUUGUACGGUGUGGACAAGCAGAAGAUUAUGUGACACAGAUUGAAUACCUGUAUCAACCAUUUAACCACAUUAAAAUGCAUCCCCCUGGCAAGCCGACCGUCAUCAAUGCCUCAAUCGCCUGGACACCAGGAGCUCCCAUUUCAGAAAUGAUAUUCAACUAUGACUUCCAACUACAGUGGAAACAGGAACUACAUCACUGGGAGGAUGCUGUGGAGGUGAACAUAUCAAACAAACAGACCUAUUUUGACCUGGACCCUGAGAUGCUGGAGAGAGGAAGGAGGUACCAGGUCAGAGUCCGGGUUCGAGCCGACCCAGACGAUUACCCAGCCUGUCAGUGGAGCGACUGGAGCCCCAGUGCAUCAUGGGUCUCCACUCUGGGCCAGAUGAAGCCAACAGGUAGUCCUGAUGUUCUAGACCAGGACUUUGUGGUGGUCACCAUGGUGGGAGCUGUUGUUGUACUGGUCCUGCUGGUCUCCAUGUUGCUCUGCAAAGGAAAGGUCAAGAAGAUUCUGAAUCCUCCUAUACCAGAUCCCUCCAGGUACUUUGAGGGCCUCAACCUCCAUCACGAUGGAAACUUCAAGGCUUGGCUGGGUCCUUUGUUAGCCCUUGAAUCCAACAACUCUGCCUCACACCGUGAAGACAUCUCCCAGGUAGAGAUCACCGACAGCCUGGACAACGUCACCCCCUUGAGGACGACACCACCACAAGAGAAGAGAUGGGACAACAGUGGCCACUCCUUCUGCUCCGGCUUCUCCAACUCCAGCUACUUCUUAUCUCAAUGCUCCCAGCCUGGAUCCACCUCCAUCAAGCUGGAACCCUGCUCUGUACACUCCCCUUACGGACCAGUAGGGGGCACUACUGAAAUGAUAGAUGAGUGGAAGGAGGAGAACAGAGGAGAAAGGAUGGAUAGUAAUAGAGGUGUAGGGGGGAAGGACGAAGAUAUCAGGGGUGAAGAUAUCCUCGAGGUUUCUUCUUACGGGCGUUUUGAGAAGCUCCAGGCCGAGCGUCGGGCCCUCAUAAGCCCAGAUUCAGGCAUCGGCAGUGGGGCAGAGGAUCAGGAAAGUCAGGAGAGCGUGGAGGAUGCGGCCCAACUCUUGGCCCCUCAGAGCCCAGAUUCAGGCAUUGGCAGUGGGGGAGAGGAUCAGGAAAGCCAGGAGAGCGUGGAGGAUGAGAAAUGCUUUGGAACACAGGUCGCUCUCAUGGCCACACGCGUGACCAGCUCAUGGCCUUCUGCCAAACACCUGAUUGAAACAGCUCUCAUUCGCUCCUCCUUCACAGUAGAAGCCUGA